AUGCUGUGGAAAUCACUCCUCCUCCUCUUCGGAGCCCAGCUCAGCCUAACGAGCCAAAUCCACCACCGGUCCUCCAACAAUGGCACACGGGACAGAUCCACGGCCCUCGCCCUGGCAAACACUCUCAUAUCCCGCCUCACCCUCGAAGAAAAAGUCUCCAUGAUCACGGGAAACUCCUCCGCGGGCAACUGCAUCGGCGUCAUCGCGCCCAUUCCCCGCCUCGGCUUCAAGGGGAUCUGCAUGCUCGACGGCCCCAGCGCCGUCAACCGCGCCGACCUCGUCAGCGUUUUCCCUUCGGGGAUCACUGCGGCGGCGACGUGGGACCGCGAGAUGAUUUAUCGUCGGGGAGUUGCGAUUGCGGAGGAGUUUAAGGGGAAGGGGGGGCAUGUGAUUCUCGGUCCUUCCACAGGUCCAAUGGGCCGCGCAGCCCUAGGCGGCCGCAACUGGGAAGGCUUCGGCCCGGACCCGUACCUAGCAGGCAUCACCAUCGAGCACACAAUCACCGGCAUGCAAUCCACCGGCGUCCAGACCUGCUCAAAGCACUACAUCGCCAACGAGCAAGAGACGCAGCGCUCCAACACGACGGUGAACGGCACAGUCAUCGAGGCCAUCUCGUCCAACGUCGACGACAGGACCGUCCACGAGCUCUACCUCUGGCCCUUCGCCAAUGCCAUCAAGGCCGGCACGACGUCCAUCAUGUGCUCGUAUAACCGCUUCAACCAGACGUACGCGUGCGAGAACAGUCACCUGCUGAAGGAACUGUUGCGAGAUGAGCUUGGGUUCCAGGGGUAUACGGUGUCGGAUUGGUUCGCGACGCAUUCUACCGCGGACUCUAUCAACAACGGUCUGGAUCUUGAGAUGCCGGGCGCUGUGCCGGGAAACUACCCCGGCGCCGCCACCUUCUUCGGCGACAAAGUCCUCGAGGCUGUAGCUGACGGCACCGUCAAAGAAUCCCGCAUCGACGAGAUGGUCCGCAACAUCCUAACGCCGUAUUACCUCCUAGGCCAAGACGCAGAGUCCUACCCCUCACCCGACCCAUCUCUGCGCUUCGUGACCCUAUUCCAAGAAGUCGGGCUGCAAGUCGCCAAAGACACGGGCUUCAUCCCCGACGGCUUCGUCUUCACCCACGGCCGCGACGUCCGCGGCGACCAUGCGAAGCUCAUCCGCGAAAUGGGCUCCGCCGGCACAGUCCUCCUGAAGAAUUCGAACCAGACCCUCCCCCUGUCAAAGCCCCAGAUCAUCGGCGUCUUCGGCAACGACGCAGGCGAGAUGACAAACGGCUUCCUCCGCCCCUCCGAGGUCCCCGAGGACACAAACACAGGCACAAUGAUCAUCGGCGGAGGCGAGAGCUUCGAUCGCACGUCGUUUGAGCUCGACGGGAACUCGACGGCUGUCAUCAACAACGUGGCUGAUUUCUGCGCGACGACGGUAGUGGUAACGCACUCAGGCGGUGUAAAUACCAUGCCCUGGGCAAACCAUACCAAGAUUGGCGCAAUCCUAGCGGCGCAUUACCCAGGCCAGGAGAGCGGUAACUCCAUCGUUGACCUACUUUGGGGCGACGUUGCGCCUUCCGGCAGGCUGCCGUACUCCGUCCCGCGCAACGAGGAGGACGCUGGCCCCGCGAUUGUGAAUCUCACGCAACCUGUCGUUGACCCGCUUGCGUGGCAGGCUGAUUUCAGCGAGGGCCAGAUGAUUGAUUACCGCCACUACGACGCGCUUGGAAUCGAGCCGUUGUACGAGUUCGGUUUCGGGCUGACGUACACUACGUUCGCCGUGGUCGACAACCAGGUCGGUGUGGGUUUUAUCGUAGGGAACUCGUUCAUCGCUGCGCGCCCGGACGCGGCUAUCCCGGUCCAGCCUGGCGGGCACCCGCAGCUCUGGGAGGACCUCAUCAGCGUCAAGGCAUCAAUCUCGAACACGGGCAACAAGACUGCCUUUGCUAUCCCGCAGCUUUACGUCUCCUUCCCGUCGUCUGCUCCCGAAGGCACGCCAAAGAAGGUCCUGAGGGGCUUUAAAAAGAUUCAGAUCGAGGCGGGCGGCUCGGCUGAAGUGGAGUUCCAGCUAAUGAGGCGGGACGUGAGCUUGUGGAAUGCGUCGGACAAGGUGUGGGUUAUUCCGGAGGGCGAGUUCACGUUCCGGGUCGGCUUCAGCUCAAGGGACCUGCCGGCGGAGAAGGCCUUCUCGGUGCUGGGAUGA